AAGGUCACUCUUUGCUAUCUUCCAUUUGUUCCACCAACAAAAUGCUUUUGUUCGCUGACUCCACUCAGACGGAGACGCCGUGCACAGCCAAAACAAAUAUGUGAAAGUAGGGAAAGUGACAGGAGAGAAUCUAUUUUCUAGAGCUGACCAGAAAACAAACAGUCCCUCUCCUAAACUGUAACAGUUUCACCUGCUUUAAGGAUCUUUUUGUUGUUGUUACUCGCAUCAAGAGGUCAUCAUAUAUUACAGCCAUGGUGUCCUGUGCUGUCCUCAUCCUGGGUCCUGUUUGGAUCUAUGGUCUGAUUCAAGCUUGCAGGGGAGAGGAGCUGUCUCGGGGGGCCGUGCUGUCCUGGUUCAAAGUGCGGGUUCUGGAGGGUCUCGGGCUUGAAGAACCCCCUCCGAGCUCACUGCAGGGACCUGAUGCAGACAGGAUACUGCUGGAUACAAGGCACCUGCACCAGAGGGCCCACAGGACAAGCAGAACAUCAUGGGUUAGUCCUCAAACCCAUCCGAAUCAGGAGAUGUCGCAAAUCAUUCUGUUCCCGGGUUCCGACUGUACCAAAUCUGACUCAGCUCAAGGAGAAACUGCCAACAGACAGAUGACAUAUUACUUCCAGCCCUCCAUCAACAGCCAGGACACUGUAGUCACAUCAGCCCACUUCUGGUUCUUUGCAGGCGAAGCAGUCACAGCUAACUCAUCUACCCAGCUUUUCAUUGUAACCACAGCACAGAAACUGCUUCAGGCAGCUGAAGCUCCAACAAAGUCGAGUUCUGACGGAUGGACCACCUACCAUCUGGAUCAAAACCUGCUGGCCCUUGUCGCCAAGGGCCCCUUUCUGCUUCAGGUCCACUGUCCAGCCUGUCAGUGCCACGCGGGAGAACCAGACAAGAUGCCCUUUCUCCACCUCCACGUUCAACCUCGCGGGCCUUCCCGGUCACCCCGCAAUGCAGCAGUGACCAUUCCCUGGUCUCCCUCUGCCAUCUACCUUCUGCAGCGGCCCUCUCAGGAGAGACCUCUACACAGCGACUGCCACCGUGAAGAGAUAGACAUCAGCUUUGAGGAGCUGGGGUGGGACAACUGGAUCGUCCACCCGAAGAUGCUGACUUUUUACUACUGUCACGGGAACUGCUCAGGUGGGGAUCGAACCACCGCAAUGCUGGGGAUCACUCAGUGUUGCGCUCCCAUCCCGGGGACCAUGAGGUCCCUGAGGAUCACCACGACAUCUGAUGGCGGGUACUCAUUCAAGUAUGAGACCUUGCCUAAUAUUAUACCUGAAGAGUGCACAUGUAUCUGAACAUCAGAGCUUAAAGGCCGGUUCACCCAAACAACAAAAGGUCUUUUUUUUCAGUUUACAAGUCACAGUUGGAAUUUGAUUAUUAGUCGUAUUAAACUUUUAUUUUACUCAUUUGCUUUGAUUUUCUCUCUCGUUCCUAGUUUGGGUGACGGCUACACAAGUCUCAAAACUGAUUUCUCUGGUCUGAAAACUAUUUUGUAUAUAAAACU